UUUGGCUUUCCAGUUGUACGGUCCUGUAGCACCCUGAGCGCAGUCUGCCCUCGGUCUCUACGAACGCUCCUCUGUCUGGAUACCAUAGUUUCUAUAUUCCUCUGGAUUAUAUUUUCUGAUGGUUUUCAACUCCAACUCGAUGCAUAGAAAUGGGUAAACUGCACUCGAAACAUGCCGCUAUUUGUAAACCGAGGGAGAGUCCAGAAGGCGACAGUUUUGUAGUCAAUGCCUGUUUGGCGAGAAAGGGAAUCGACGACUGGCUCGUGAAGCAGAAAUACUAUUGCACGAGCUCUCGCCUCGAGCAACAGGACUGUCACCACAAGAACAACUGCGGUUUGACUACACGGGAAUCCAUGGAUGAAGCAUGUGCAGAGGGGAUUGGCAAUGAACACUACCGUUUAGAAGUGGCUUUACCACCAGAGAAGACAGACAGCUGCUGUGUGGAGGAGAAGAUGCAGGAGAGGGACAGACAAUCUCCCGCAGGGCCACAGAAACAGCUCAAGUUUGAAGAGUUGGAGUGUGCUGUGUCUGUGGAGGAGGAUAACCGUCAGGAGUGGACCUUCACCCUCUAUGACUUUGACAAUAAUGGCAAAGUAACCAGAGAGGAUAUCACCAGCCUCCUCCACACCAUCUAUGAGGUCGUGGACGCCUCCGUCAACCAUUCACCCAGCAGCAGCAAGACAUUGCGGGUCAAGCUGUCGGUGGCUCCUGACUCCAGCCAGCGGUGGAGGUCUUGUACGCAGGGUGCGGCAGACAUGUCCUACCCCAGAGAGAAAAAUGACAAGUGCAUAGAAGACCCCAAGAGUGCAGACAAGAAGACACGAGCACUCCUAAGGCGCCACCACAGUGACCACCACACCCAGCCGGGCUGCCAGCGCCACUGUGUGGAUGAGAACCUGGAACGCAGGAACCACUACUUGGACCUGGCAGGCAUCGAAAACUACACAUCCCGCUUCGGAGCCGCACCCACCACAGAGCCGACGAAGGCAGAGCCUCAGACCCGCUCAUCCAACCAGACUCGUUCUCGCUCCCAUGAACCAGAAAAUGGCCACUCCUAUUCCCACCACCGCCGCUUGCAGACUGUUGUGGACACUGUUGCUCUGGACAGCCUCCACCCCACCCGUACACGAGGCCAAGACUCAGGGAAACAUGCCCUCCGUUCUCCUAAGACCCACAGCCGCAUGCCUCCUGCGCAGAUCAGUAGCAGGGUUAUGAGGAGCCGAGGUGUCCCUCCUCCCCCGGCACUACCCAGCCAGACCCCCCCUCACCAGUCCACAGCUCCCUACCGUAAGCACAAGCAGCGGUCCAAGGAAAGCCAGGGCUACAGGGCCUUAGGCUCUCAGGCUCCUGGACCAGUGGUGGAGAAGGAGCAGGUGAGGGACUUGCCCAGUGUGCUGCUGUACGAGGGGGGGCUGGCCCAAGUGGUGCAGCGGCAUGAGCAUCACCACCACCAUGAACACCAUCACCACUACCACCACUUUUACCAGUCCUGAAUGUUUUACCCUGCCUAGGCCAGCUCAGCACUCCAACAGUCCCACAAAACCCAACCAGGCCAGCAGACUCCGACUGCAAGCAGCUCCCUCCUCAACCGUCAGCCCACCCUGCGUUGUGCAGUACUGCAGUGCCUUUGUGGUGGACACAGAACAUGGGUUGGAGAGGAGGACCAUGGAAGGGAUGUCCCAGUGAUUUGAGGUUAUUAGUCAGUGUUACAAAGAGGUUGGUCAGACAAACAAAUGCUCGGUUAUGCAGCAGGACAGUGGUUCAGGGCCAAAGUAGGGCCAACGACUGAGGAUCACGGCUGGGGCUUGAGAGGAGGCACCGGGGGGGAUAAAUUACCCCAAAGUUCCUGUCGCCCCAGACCCUGUCAUCCUCUACAUGAUAAACUCUACGGCUCCAAACUAGCACCACAACCCUUCCAGACCACUAAGCCAAAAGGUUUUUAAAAAGGAGGGACGAGAGGAGGAAAGACUGUGAUGUAAAGACGAAAAUAAAUGAAGGAAUAGGUGUGUGUGUGUGUGUGUGUGUGUGUGUGUGUGUGUGUGUGUGUGUGUGUGUGUGUGUGUGUGUGUGUGUGUGUGUGUGUGUGUGUGUGUGUGUGUGUGUGAAAAUGUGUGGGCGUAGAAAGAGUGUGUAUGUGAGUGUCACGACACUGGUGUCUGUUUAAAUCCACUUGAAGUGCGCUCAUGUGUGUGAGUAUUUAAAGCAGGCUGACAGGCAGGUUUUUGAAGAUGAAAAUGAAGAUUCUGAUUCAAGCACGCAAUACCCCGUAAGCAAAAAUGGGAAGAAAAAAUGUUAUAAAGUAAAAAAGAACCGCAAUCCCAAAUCCGCUGCUACCUCCAAUUUUAUCCUAAUUGUUGUUGUAAUGAUGUCUUUGACUAAGCGUUCAGAGGUUAUUUUCAAAUUACUUCAAAACUUUUUUGAAAGAAGAGAAAUCAUUUCAUAAUCUGCAGAACUUAAGUGUCAUAAAGCUCCUUACAUUUAUGAACUAUCAUUGACUGUACAUAAGGUAUAUAUUGUUAUCAACUUUAUAAGCUUUGUUGAUAAUGUGAUAUCGUUGUAUUCACUAUCUGAAGCUUUUAUGUUCGUUUUUCUUCACAACAGCAUUUAUAAUGCUAAGAGCCUCAUGACUAGAAAAUGAACAACUGUAUUACUUACUCAGGCUCAAACUGUCUUUUCACCGUCUGUUUCAACUUUCACAAUGUGAUUAGAUACAUAAGUGCAACUCAACUCUCAACACUGCUGUUCAGUCGCUCAACCUCUCAACACAUACAAACGUUUUAUAGAACGCAUCAUUUUUAUUUCAUUUUAUUUAAAGCUGUAGUGUGUAACUUUUUGAUAUUAAUGAACGUCCAUUACAUUCAAGCCAUUGCCAUUAAUCCUCCGUGUGCUAUCCUCCGUGUGCUACUAGCAACUAUGUAGAGGAGGGGUGGGGGUGGUGCACGAUCACAGGCUUGUAUCAUGUGGAUGCGCCAACAGUGUUGUUGUAACUAUUUAGAAUUCCUCAUGGGGGAGAAAGAAACGCACUAUAGCUUUAACCUUUUAUUUAUACAGGGAAUCUCAUUGAGACCCAGGGUAUCCUUCUCAAGCAAGACCUGGUCGAGGCACAACAGCAAAACGACACCAAGUUACAGACAGAAAGGAAAAUAGGACACGAGUCAUGAAGUGAUAAGUGCCAAAGUGGUAGUUUAAAGCUAUCAACAAAAACGAGAGCAGACCCCCACAGGAUAAAUAAUUAGGCAGCAGACCUAAAUGGGAUUUGUUGAAGAAAUUAUACCAAUGCAGAGGUCUUGACCUUCCUACAUGCUGAUUAUUUGCACUAGUGUGAUGGUUCUGCAUAAAUAUGAAUUAGAAACUGAAAAAACCUGCAACAAUUUGAGAAAACUAGAGAAAAGGUGUCAAAGUUUUGGUCUAGUUAUUCUGUUUCAUCAUACAGCAAUUGUCCUUAACAGUUGGCUGUCUUUUUUAUUUAAAGUGCUCAUGUUAUGCUUUUUGGCUUUUUCCCUUUGUGUUAUAUAUCUUAUUGUGCACAUUAUCAGUUUACAAAGUGAAAAAUCCCACCCCAAAGGGACUUACCAUCUCCAACAGAAAACACUGUCCCAAACUGCUCUAUUGUGGUCCAGCCUUUAAUUCCGUGACAAAUGUGUGUCACUUUGUAAUACGUUAUAAUACUCGCCUAGCUGCCAGCGUAGCACGCCCUCAUACUCUGCUUCUGACUGGCUUGUAGUCCUUAAAUAGCUACUGCGCAUGUGCGACUCCCAGCAAAGAUGGAACAGAAGUGCGAUGCCUCACUCUGUUGCUAAAACAGAGAGCUCAACACAUAGGAUAAAAAGAGGAGCUGCAGCAAUGUGUAGUUAAACACAAAUAGGGUGUUUUUUGACGACUAACCCACAUAAACCUAUUCUGGUACAACCUCAAAAUACAGUUAUGAACUUGAAAAUGAUCAUAAUAUGAACACUUUAAAUGCCCAAAGUAUCAGCAGUUAAAUCACACCUCCUCAGGUCCAUGAUACACUUAAAAACAAAGAGAGAAACUAGAGAUGGUGUGAUCUUGAAACCAGUUCUGGCUCAGACCUUUUGGUAUAAUUUGCGUAAAUUGAAACCAAGGUACAAGCAGCCAGUUAGAGAUUGGUGUAUUCAUUCAUCAGUGUUGAGUUUGUCCUUUUAAGGAGAGUUUUUUUGUUUGUUAAUUAUGCAGGCAAAUAUUUUGCUGAGCAUGCAUGUCAUUUUUCAACCCCGCCCUGUUUCAGAUCCAAGCAGUUACACAUAUUUACACCUGGGAGUUGUCCAGCGCCAUGGUUUUCUUUCUGGACACAUUUACUACUUUCAGGAUAGCACUUUUCGUAAUGCGUUGACCAGCCUUUGGCCUGGCCCAGGGGUCACGCGUCUGCUCCCGCUGUUUCCCGCUGUUUCUUCCUGUCCCCCAGCUGUCAGCAGGUCUUUCACCGUGUGCCGCCAUGUGGCCUCAGAGCUCAGCCAACAAGGCUCUGUUUGUGGUGUAGCGGGGCCAGAGCUCUUUCAGCUGUCUCAUUCCUCUGGUGCUGGAUAACACUGGGCCCGGCCCACAGUCUCCACUAGACCCAUAACUCACCGCUGCUGCUCUCCUGCCAGCACCAGGCACUGUCUGUUCAUCCUAUCCCAUGAUGCUCUGUGGGCGCUGCCAUAAACAUUCAGUUGUGGAGGCCACCAACAUGCGGGGCAGGGAACUGAGAACUGCAAAUGUAAGGCUGUUAAUCACCUUGUUGGUUCUCCAGGGUGGUAGUUAACUGAUUUCUCACGGGCUAUUCUUGGUGAGCACACAUGUUCUUUUCAGCCCUAGAAAUGACCUGCCCUUAUGCAUCCACAGUCUUUUGUUAGGGCUUAAAUCCUGUGCUCAAGGGGAACCUAAUCCAUACAGAGAAAAUGAUGGCCCACUAGUGUCCAAUCUCUGUCCACUAUGUUUGAUUGUGUUAGGUUGCCUUAAGCGUGUGCAUGUGUUUGUGAUGAGCAAGAAUGCAGUGCAUGCCUGUCUUGCCCUCAGUCCUGCAGUGUCCUCUCACAGCUGCAGGCCGUCCUUUAGCACAGGGACCAGUCAGACGGGUCAUCCCACAGGACCCACCGCCCUCCCCUCCCCCCCGAGGGGAAUCACAGCUGCGCUCCAUACCUCAGCUUCCUCACUGCUGUUCCUGGACAAGAAGUCCUUGCUGCUGGAGCCUUCACACAACUGUAACGCCUUUUGUCAAGGGUUUCCUCUCACCCGAAACAGUGUUGAUACCAGCGUGACUCUCCAAAUAUAAGCAGUGUGGAAUUGGUAGCCUGGUUUUCUGGUCCUGCCGGGUGGUCCGAAUCGACACGGUGAGCCAGGGCUUCUGAAGGAAUUUGGGUGAAAGGCUCAGGCAGACCCACAGCCAGGUUGCAAUUUUUAAACGUCUUAUACCCUGAGAGAGUUCUACUGAACUGAAAGGACUUGAUUUAUUGCCCUGCUUCACAUUCAUACAAUGACCUGAACUCACAUCUGAAAGCUGGCCACUAGAAACACACUUUCAUACUGCUGACUUCAGCCCUGCAGCAUCACUGAAGCAACAGGGGGGGGGUCACAUACCUUGCUCAAGAGCGCCUUUACAGUAUUUGUUGAGAGUUGGGAAAGCUGGGAAGUUGGGACAUUUUUUACUCAAUUUUGUCACAGACUUUAAAAAAUGCUCUUGGAAAAAAAGUCCUUUAGAAACCUUUUUAACCUUUAGGCUGCCAAUCAAAAUCUUUCUUCUGCCUUUCAUCAUACCCUGGCAAUAUAUAGAUAUUUUGGGAUCAGAAUAAUAAAAAUGUUAAGGUUUUCAGUCAUCAGCUAUCCAUGUAAAUCGAUCAGAAUGUUAUUUUUUUCCAUUAUAUAUUUUUAUUUCAACAAUCAAUGUCUCUCACAACCAUUUUUUUCAUCAUCCUCCAUCUUCAGUCCUGUUGUAUAGAAUCCUCGGUAUUCAGAGCCACGCCUCCAUGUUAAUACAAUAUGUAUUGCACCACUAAUUUGCUUUGUAAGAUCCAUGUAUUAACAUUUAAAAAAAAAACUGAUGUACAUAGUGGACUGCAGAAAGGAUAAACCAGCAUCAUGUAGAAAGAACAUAAGGCGUAUUUAUAUUAAAAAAAACUGUUAAGCUAUUUCACUUGCCUACUGAUAGCUAGUACUCCAAUAUCCACCUGCCACUCCCACAAAGCAGGGAGGAGUUGUAACCUGUCUAUAACACAAGCUGUUUCUCUCUCUCCACAUGCAGACACACUUUCACUUGGUGUUGUACAAGAAAGUUGUUUAGCACUAGCUGUUUCUCCCUUUUUUCCUCUCCCUCCUAAUGUUUUAUUUCUUUGUUUAGUUUAUAUAGAUUGUAUUUGAUUAAUUCCUUUAUUUAUUUGAUAGCAGAUCUGUGCCGAGGGAAAAUACCCUUUUAUCAUUAAAAUAUGAACCUGUUCCUUAUAAAUGCA